AUGCCGCCUAAAAAGAGCGCGUCCAAGGCUUCUGCGAAGCCACCCAAAAGCACCACAACUACAAAUAGGGUUCCUUCCACAAGAACUCCAGCAAAGGAACGGCCUACGAAAACCAGCGCAGCCAAGUCUAAAGGCAGCGAUGCGCGCACAAAGACUACCACAAAAGCUGCCCGCGCAGCACCCCCAAAACGUAAAGCCGAAGCUGUUGAGGAGCCUAUUCGCGAAACCAAAAAGGCACGCGUUGUUGAACCUCGUGUUACAAAGCAAAAGCCGAAAGUGGUCAUCAACCAUGCACCGACAACCCGACUUAACGUUUACGUUUGUGGCGAAGGCAGCUCAGGCGAACUUGGUCUUGGGCCGGAAAGGACUGCUGUUGAUGUAAAGCGGCCGCGCCUCAAUCCUUACCUGUCAGCAGAUAAGGUUGGUGUAGUACAGGUCGCUGUUGGUGGUAUGCACUGCGUCGCUCUUACCCACGAUAACAAGAUCCUUACCUGGGGCGUGAAUGACCAAGGUGCGCUUGGAAGGGAUACUACAUGGGAUGGAGGCUACAAGGAGGUUGAGGAUAAUAAGAGUGAUGCCGAUUCAGACUCAGAUGAUGACCCGGCUCUCAACCCAUACGAGUCGACCCCAACUGCUAUUCCUUCUGAUACUUUCCCCGAAAGUACUGUUUUCGUUGAAGUCGCUGCUGGGGAUAGCUCGAGUUUCGCCCUCACAGAUGAUGGCCAAGUAUACGGCUGGGGCACGUUUAGAAGUAACGAUGGCAUUUUGGGGUUUGAUAGUACUCAUACAGUUCAAACGAUCCCAACACUAAUAUCCUCACUGAAAAAAAUAAAACAUCUAGUAUGCGGCGAUAACCAUGCCCUCGCCUUGAAUGAGAAGGGUGCUGUUUUCUCCUGGGGAUCUGGUCAACAGAACCAGUUGGGACGUCGCAUUAUCGAGCGGAAUAGAUUGAACGGCCUCCAACCACGUGAAUUUGGCCUGCCCAAGAAUAUUAUACAUAUCGGGAGUGGCGCCUUCCAUUCUUUUGCUGUCCAUCAAUCCGGGAAAGUUUAUGCUUGGGGCCUGAAUAGUUUUGGUGAGACAGGUAUUCAGGCGGGUGCUGGGGAUGACGAGGCUGCUAUUGUUCAUCCUACUAUUGUGGACUCAUUGUCAGGGAAAAAUAUUAGUCAAGUUUGUGGCGGUGCUCAUCACUCGAUUGCUGUUGCUGAUGGCGAGCAAUGCCUCGUAUGGGGUCGGUUAGAUGGUUUCCAGACAGGUUUGAAAGUUGAUACACUUGCUGAGGAGGCUGUUAUCAAAGAUGAACGUGGGCGACCCCGGAUCCUGAUCGAACCUACCCCUGUUCCAGGAAUUAAAGCAAGCACUGUGGCAGCUGGAUCUGAUCAUUCAAUUGCCAUUGAUACCGAUGGCCGUCCUUGGUCUUGGGGCUUCUCCGCUACCUAUCAAACAGGUCAAGGCACUUCGGAUGAUAUUGAGGUGGCAACCAUUGUCGAGAACACCGCUGUUCGUGGCAAAAAGCUAAAUUGGGCCGGCGCGGGUGGACAGUUUUCAGUAUUCACUGAGCCAGUGGUCGUGUGA